AACAGAAACAGAAACAUUUACCAGAUCCCCGGGCAGUCGAAGCACUCGCUUAAUUGUGUUCAGUACGUCCGUAGAGACGGUAACACGCUUGCCUUGUUGUUUGUUUGUUUGUUUGUUUGUUUUGCCACUUGAGCCACAAUGAGCGGUCCAUCGGGAUUGAUGUCCAACAUGGCCGAGGUGGUCAAGGAGGCCAAGGACGAGGAGAUCCAGAUGCCCAAGUCGAACGACUUUUUCGAGUCGAAGACCUUCCGCCUGCUCACCCUGAUACUCUACAUGGGCGGUGUGAGUGGCAUGGGUCUGACAUUGGCGGUCUACUACCUGUUCAUCUGGGACUCGCGCAUGCCGCCACUGCCCGUGUUCAAGCACACGCAUCCGAUUGGCUAGGAUCAUGGCCAGAAGCAGCCAACAGCCACCAGCCAACAGCCAGCACCAUCCCAUCGACAUUAGUGACCAGAUUCGGAUAAAAUUGUGAUACCCGAAAAAAUAGCCAUUCGCCUACUAAACUCAUCGGAAGUGACCGCGGAGCAGUUCUACAAGCACAUCCUCGAGCAGUACCGCAUCCUCAGCCACAUGCAACAGCAACGCCAGCAGAUCCUUCAGC